CCUGUGCAUUUUCAGCCUUCUUCACUUUUUUUUUUUUUUUUUCUCUCAGCAACCUCGGCUUCAGCCUUCAUGCCACCCGGUCAGCUGCUGCAGCCGUCGCAGCGCUCGUCGCGUCCUCCCACGCGCCCGGGGCUGCCGCGCUUCCCACGCUGCAUGAAGCACGAUCCGGUUGGUCUCCUCGCGGUGGGCCUCGCGUACCUGAUGCUGGGCUACGCGGGCUACGUGGCGACCUGGGUCAUCAUCCUGCCGUACCUCGACUACACGGUCGCCGGCCUCGUCAACCUCCUCGCGUUCCAUACAUUGCUGCUGCUGGCGCUGGCGUCACAUUUCCGCGCAAUGACGUGCGAUCCAGGCGUUAUUCCACCGCCGCAGCUCGAUCUCGACUUUUCAACUGUACACGAGCCGAGCAUGACUGCGGCAGCUCGCACGCUGUGCAACAAGUGCCAAAACUACCGGCCUCCUCUCGCUCACCACUGCUCUACCUGCGGCUACUGCAUUCGACGCAUGGAUCACCACUGCCCAUGGAUUAACAACUGCGUGGGAGAAUUCUCAGUCAAGUACUUUAUGCUGUUUCUGACCUACGUCUGCAUGCUCUGCCUAUACUCUGCAUGCCUAUUACUCGCGACUUUGAUAUGGCAAAGGCAAGCCGAGCAACCCAACAACAACAACAACAACAACAACAACAACAACAACAACAACAACAACAACAAGCUCAGCAGCGACGACACUGUCGCCCUCAUCCUCUUUGCCGUCGAAGUCGUCAUCUUUUUCGUGUUUUGUCUGUACAUGCUGUACGACACGAUACAAUCCACCAUUCUCGGGACAACCAAGCUGGAAAACAUGAUUGCGGCACAGCAGGCGAACAAUGCCGCCCUGUCGCUCGCUGCAACAGGUGCACUGCCCGCGUCCGCCUCUGCCAUCCCUGGAAAGUCAAUUGCUCCGGCUUUGGCGGGGCAACCGGGCCCUUCAUCGUCGUCGUCGCCGUUGGCUUUGAUGAUUCCGCCACUGCUCCCCAAUGCGGCAGGCUCGUCGGGGCGUGCAAGCGGUACCACCACCAUCACCAUUGCCGGGCCUGUCCGUUCUGUACAGCGCCGCGCUGCAUUGCGCGCAAAGCUGGCCAACGUUUUCGGCUCCGAGCCCAGCUGGCGCUGGCUGAAUCCCUUCCAGCCCUCGCAGAGUCACAUUUCGUCGUCCUCUUAUGACAAGCUGCUCACCGUGUAAAUUGGGUCGGGGGUUUUGG